AUGGCAGCAGCUCAAAGCGAGAGCAACCACAGCGGCGUGCCGGAAGAAGGAGCGGAGGGCCUUGUUGCCGAGGCACGGGGGGCUUGGGUCCUGUACCAGGGCUGCUGGCUGAGACCCCCGGCCGCGCAGAGCGUCAUGAUCGUGCAAGAGCACUUCGAGGCUCGUCCCGACGACACCUUCCUCCUCACCUUCCCCAAGUGCGGCACCACCUGGCUCAAGGCCCUUGCCUUCACGGUGACGAACCGUUCCUGCCACGCCGUCACCGGCGACGGCCACCCGCUGCUCAGCCGCCACCCUCAGGACCUCGUGCCCUUUCUCGAGGCGCCCUACCGCCAGCUCCACCCUCUCGCGGAUCUCGAGAAGCUCGCCUCCCCCAGGCUCCUCUCCACCCACAUGCCGCUCACGCUGCUGCCUCCGUGCAUGUCCAGCCUCGGUUGCCGAAUUGUGUACCUGUGCCGCAAUCCCAAGGAUGUGUUCGUGUCGUUAUGGCAGUUCAUCAGCAAGGUAAAUGCGGACUACACCAUGGACAAAGCAUUUGAGUUGUUUUCCGAUGGUGUGUGCCCAUAUGGGCCAAUCUGGGAACACAACCUUGGGUUCUGGAAGAAAAGCAUAGCAGAGAGCGACAGAGUUCUUUUCUUGAAGUAUGACGAGAUGAUGGCCGAACCCGUCAAGCACGUCCUGAUGCUCGCCAAGUUCCUCUGUGUCCCCUUCACUGAGGAGGAGGUGAGCCGCGGAGUCGUGGAGGAUGUUGUGCACCUGUGUAGCUUCGAUAAGCUCAGGAGCGUACCUGUGAACUCAUCAGGAGUCACUGAUAGGAUUGGCGGGGUGCCAAUGGAGAACUCUUCCUACUUUAGGACCGGGAAGGUUGGCGACUGGGAAAACCACUUGACGGAAGAGAUGGCAAGGAAGCUAGAUGCCAUUGUCGAGGAGAAACUGAGAGGAUCAGGUCUCAUGUUUUGACAUAUCGGUGUCAUAGCUUCACCACACGUAUGUUUGUGCAACCAAAAUAUGUGUGAAAGGCUAUGUACUUUGAUGUUUUGUUAACCUUUUGUUUUGUCACAUUGACUCUCUUGCCUUUUGAGGUACGUACUUGGUAUGUGCUCGUGCAUCGCCAUGGGGCCAAAUACUUUUUAGUACAAAUAGUUUUCUGUUAUUUUUUAAACAGGCAAAACAGGUACGUGUCUGUGACUGAUCUGCUUUAUUGAGUUAUUAAAGAUAAGAUAUCGACUGAUA